GAUGGGCCAGACGCCCUGCCCACCUCUCACACUUCACGUGUAUCGCUGACACGAGUCCCCGCAGCACCGGGACCGGCUGCCUGCACCUGUCCCCACCACGGCCCGUCACCACCUUCCCCGUCUCUAUUCCCAGCACCUGGGGGCGCCUGCACCCCACUGCCUGCUGCCCUGCCGGCAGCCCCCCCGCCAUGCACAAACACUACACCAUGCACUUGGCCAAGGGCGCCCGGCCGCCCCGCACCCCCGCCGAGCACUGCUUCCUGGACCAGGAGCUGGGACAGCGGAAAGAUAUCCUGACGGAGGAUGAUGUGUACUGCAGCUGCCUGGCCAAGACACUCUGCCAUGUGCCCGUGCCCGUGACAGUGGGCUUCUACGCCCCCUUUGGCUGCCGCCUGCACAUGAUGCUGGACAAGAUCACGGCGCUGAUGCAGCAGGAGGCGGCGCAGCGCGAGGCGGAGGAGUUGCAGCGCGUGCAGUGGCGGCCGCGCCAGGUGAGCGGCUGGAGCCUGCCGCGCCUGCUGUGGUACCUGGUGUUCCUGCAGCCCGUCAUCACCGAGGUGCACCUGCGGCGCAAGAACGUGAAGUUCCUCUUCAUCCGCUUCAGCGCCUGGCAGUACGCGGGCACCGACAAGCUGUGGGCCGGCCUGGUGACCACGCUGUGCGAGGGCAUCCGGCGCCAGUACGGGGCGCUGCCCUUCAGCGUCUACUCGGUCCUGGGCAACAAGCCGGCCACCACGUCGGGCUUCCGCCAGCGCGAGUGGCACUGCCGCCGCCGCGUGUGCCUGGGGCUGCUGGCGCUGCUGGCCGCGCUGGGCCUGGGCGUGGGGCUGCUCUACCUGUCGGUGGGCGCGCGGGCGCCGGGCCACGCGGGCGCCGGCGGCAACGUGCUGCGGGUGUUCGGCGGCGCGGCCACCACGCUGUCGGGCUCGGGGCUGCUCAUGGCCGUGUACUCGGUGGGCAAGCACCUGUUCGUCAGCCAGCGCAAGAAGAUCGAGCGGCUGGUGUCCCGCGAGAAGUUCGGCAGCCAGCUGGGCUUCAUGUGCGAGGUGAAGAAGGAGGUGGAGCUCCUCACCGACUUCCUGUGCUUCCUGGAGAUCUACCAGCGGCGCCGGCUGCGCGUGGUGCUCGAGGUCACCGGGCUGGACACGUGCCACCCGGAGCGCGUGGUGGGCGUGCUCAACGCCAUCAACACGCUGCUGUCCGACAGCCACGCGCCCUUCAUCUUCAUCCUGGUGGUGGACCCCAGCAUCCUGGCUGCCUGCCUGGAGAGCGCGGGCUCCAUGAAGGGCACGGCCGACAACGGCUACCACUUCCUCAACCGCACGGUCACGCUGCCCUUCUCGGUGCCCAUCAUGGGCCGCCGCACCAAGCUGCAGUUCCUGCAGGACGCCGUGCAGAGCCGCGACGACCUGCUCUACCGCGAGAUGACGCGCAAGCUGCGGCUGCCGGGCCAGGAGGCGACGGCGGGGGCCGAGGGCGCGCAGCUGCUGGCUGUGCAGACGCAGCAGGAGGGCGCGGUGGCCGCGCAGAGCCGCGUGGACGCCGAGGCCGCGCGACGCAUCCAGGAGGCGCUCUUCUGCCUGCACGACGAGCGCGACUGCUUGUACGAGUACGUGCCCGACAACGUGGUGUCCAUGCGGCGCAUCGUCAACACCGUGCCCAUCACCGUGCGCCUGCUGCAGCAGCAGCAGCUGCAGGGGGCCGCCCCGGGCCCCACGCCGCGCCAGGCCGUGGCGUGGGUGGUGCUGGCCAACCAGUGGCCCUGCCGCCUCAGCUGGGUACUGCAGUGCCUGGAGGACCGGCAGCAGGCGGGGGGCGCGCCUGAGGCCCGCGCACGCCUCUGGGACGUGUUUUGCGACGUCAGUCCAGAGCUGCACAGCAUGACUAAGGCGCUGCAGAACGUGCUGGACCUCGACGGGGACCCCGAGCUCUUCGAGCGCUUCCUGGACACCGACUUCCCCUUCACCGUGGGUGAGGCGCAGACCUUGCUGCGUUGCACCGUCAACCUGGACCACUCCAUCCGCCGCCGCAUGGGCCUCAUCCGGGCCGUCAGCGCGCUCAAGCCCCCCAGCCCCCCCAAGUCCCCCAGCCACGAACCCCCGCAGCCAUCUAGCGGUGGCAACAGUACCCCCCGGGGACAUCGGGCAGGCCAGAGCACAGGACACAGCCCUGGGCAGAUCAGACAAGCCCAGCCUGCCCCCCCAAACUGGACGCUGGGGCCCAAGACAAGAAUCAUGGCCUAAGCGCCCUUCCUAUAGGGCAGUCCAAACCAGGCGGACAUUGAGUUGGGGUGCUCUGGGCAGCAGCCAGUCCUGAUGAGGGCGUAGGAGCCCCCACCGGGCACACAGCCCAGGGUCCCACCGGGCGUUGUGCGGACAGGUCCCCAGGCACGUCUGGGAACAGGAGGGAAGCCGUCCACAGGAGGGCACAGCUGGCCGGC